AUGCAAACCAGUGAAGUCACCACGUUCAGAACCACAGAAGCAAGUGAAGCCACUUCAACAGGUACCACAGAAAGCACUGAGCCCACCUCAACAAACACCACAAGAAACACAGAUCUCACUUCAACAAGUACCACAGAAACCAGUGGAAGCACCACAACAAGCACAACAGAAACCAGUGAAAACACCUCAACAGCAGCCAGCCAAACCACAUUUGUUACGAGAGAAACCAGUGAACCCACCUCAACAAGUACCACAAAAACCAGUGAACCAACAUCAACAAGUACCACAGAAACCAGUGCAACCACCUCAACAAGUACCACUGAAACCACUGAACCCACCUCAACAAGUAUCACUGAAACCACUGAACCCACUUCAACAAGUACCACAGUAACCAGUGAACCCACCUCAACAUCCACCACAAAAACCAGUGAACCCACUUCAACAAAAACCAGUGCAACCACCUCAACAAGUACCACAAAAACCAGUGAAACCACCUCAACAAGUACCACAAAAACGAGUGAAACCAACUCAACAAGUACCACUGAAAACACUGAACCCACCUCAACAAGUAUCACCGAAACCACUGAACCCACCUAAACAAGCACCACAAAAACCAGUGAACCCACUUCAACAAGUACAACAAAAACCAGUGGAAGUACCUCAACAAGCACCACCAAAACCAGUGAACCCACUUCAACAAGUACCACAGUAACCAGUGAAACCACCUCAACAUCCACCACAAAAACCAGUGAAACCACUUCAAUAAGCACCACAGAAACCAGUGCAACCACCACAACAAGUACCACAGAAACCAGUGCAACAAGUACCACAGAAACCAGCGGAAGUACCUCAGCAAGCACCACCAAAACCAGUGAACCCACUUCAAUAAGUACAACAGAAACAAGUGAAAGUACCUCAACAAUCAACACAGCAACCAGCCAAACCACAUUUGUUACGAGAGAAAUCAGUGAACCCACCUCAACAAGUACCACAAAAACCAGUGAACCAACUACAACAAGUACCACAGAAACCAGUGCAAACACCUCAACAAGUACCACUGAAACCACUGAACCCACCUCAACAAGUAUCACUGAAACCACUGAACCCACCUCAACAAGCACCACAAAAACCAGUGAACCCACUUCAACAAGUACCACAGUAACCAGUGAAACCACCUCAACGUCCACCACAAAAACCACUGAAAUCACUUCAAUAAGCACCACAGAAACCAGUGCAACCACCACAACAAGUACCACAGAAACCAGUGCAAGUACCACAACAAGCACCACAGAAACCAGUGUACCCACCUCAACAAAAACCAGUGAACCCACCUCAACAAGUACCACAAAAACCAGUGAACCAACUUCAACAAGUACCACAGAAACCAGUGCAACCACCUCAACAAGUCCCACAAAAACCAGUGAAACCACCUCAACAAGCACCACAAAAACCAGUGAGCCCACUUGUACCCACCUCAACAAGCACAAAAACCAGUUGAAUCACUUCAACAGGUACCACAGAAACCAGUGGAAGUACCUCAACAAGCUACAUGCAAACCACACCACAAAAAACACUGAACGCACUUCAACAAGUACCACAGAAACCAAUGGAAGUACCACAACAAACACCACAGAAACCAGUGAAGCCACCACAACAACUACCACAAAAACCAGUGAAACCACCUCAACAGGUACCACUGAAACCACUGAACCCACCUCAACAAGUACCACCAAAACCACUGAACCCACCUCAACAACCACCACAAAAAGCAGUGAACCUACCUCAACAAUUACCACAGAAACCAGUGGAAGUACCUCAACAAGCACCACCAAAACCAGUGAUCCCACUUCAACAAGUACCACAGAAACCAGUACAACCACCUCAACAAGCACCACAAAAACCAGUGAAACCACUUCAACAGGUACCACAGACACCAGUGCAACCACUGCAACAAGCACCACAAAAACCAGUGAACCCACUUCAACAAGGACUACAGAAACCAGCAGAAGUACCUCAACAAGCACUACCGAAAUUAGUGAUCCCACUUCAACAAGCACCACAGAAACCAGUGAACCCACAUCAACAAGCACCACAGAAACCCAUCUAACCACCUCAACAAGUACCAUUAAAACCAGUGCAACCACCACAAGCACCACAGAAACCAGUGAAAGUCCCUCAACAAGCGUACCACAGAAAACAGUGAACCCACGUCAACAAGCACCACAAAAGACACUGAACCUGCUUCAACAAGGACCACAGAAACCAGCAGAAGUACCACAGAAAGCACUGAGCCCACCUCAACAAACACCACAAGAAACACAGAUCUCACUUCAACAAGUACCACAGAAACCAGUGGAAGCACCACAACAAGCACAACAGAAACCAGUGAAAACACCUCAACAGGUACCGCAGAACCAGUGUACACACCUCAACAAGCACAAAAACCAGUGA